AUGUCCAUAGAAAGCGAUAUGCUCGCUGGAGCUACCAUCGAGCUCCUUGAGGCACGUUUGCGACGCCUGACCUACCUCCUGGGCGGCGCUACAGACUGGACAGGGGUGCCAACCACAUCCAAGAAACCUUCCUCACUCGAUGAAACAGUAUCGCGGCGACUGGCCAGUCUAGAAAGGAAUCUGGACAAGCUAAGCCGGAGUGUCCCGGCCGUUAGAGAUGUGGCAGUCUGGCGCGUACGAUCGCACCCACCCAAGCAUAUACUCAAGUAUUCUAUCUCGGGCUUUUGGAAGGCUUUGAGUCCUUUCUUUUGUCUGAAUACGCUUUUUCAGUUUACUAACCAGGCCAAUGAAUUUCCAGACGACCGCUAUCCAGACCUUUUCCAAGCACCACCCCCUCAAGAUAUCCCCGAAGGCCUCUCAACUCAAACCCUCGCCUCUAUCGUCCUCUCAUACGCAACCGCUUUCCCAGAGACAUCAUCUCGCCUCACAUCUUUGAAUGACUUGCCUCUCCCCGAUGCUGAGAGCUCGGCUGCACUGAUCGAGCUACAGCCCCAGAUGGACCGACUAGCACAAGUUCAAGCUAACCAGGCGGAAAUCAUCUCUGAGCUGCGUGUACGGACAGCACGAGUACUUCAGCGAUGGUAUGAGGUUGGGCUUUUGGGUAGUGGGGAGUGCUGGGCAGAAUGGGAGGGUCGACUUGAGGAUGUUGAGCGGGAAGUGCGACGGCAUGAGGUGUUGAAGGAGAAGAGGGAGAAUGAGAUCUGA